AUGGCGAAGAACGACUACACCAUCAAGCUUCCUAUUUUGAGGGAGCCUACUUCAAAGACACCCGAAAACGCACGAGAAAUCGUCAAGAAUUGGAUACAGGCUUUUGAGAAAGUGCUCGCCAACAACGUACAAGACAGCCUCUCGACCGUGUUCCGCGAAGAUGCCUGGAUACGGGACUUUCUCAGCCUCUCAUGGGACUUUCGAACCAUCAAUGGACUCGAUGAAAUCACGGCCUUUUUCAAAGAAAACCAACCUCUGGCUAGUCUCCGCCAGAUCGUGCCCCGAGAAAAGGGCGCUUUCCAGCCGUCUUUUGGGGACCCGGCGCCAGGUGUUCAUUGGGUGGAGAGCAUGUUCGACUUUGAGUCCGAUGUCGGCCGUGGUAAGGGUAUGGUGAGACUGGCGUUGGAAGCGGAUGACACCUGGAAAGCCUUCAUGAUCAACUUUACUCUACUGGAACUGAAGGGCUUCGAGGAGAAGGUGGGAGUGGACAGGCCUACCGGCCAUGUCGAUCCCAAAGGUGGCAACUGGAAGGAAAGGCGCGAAAAGCAGAUGGAAUUUAUCGAUGAGGACCCUACAGUUCUGGUCAUCGGCGCUGGACAUGCUGGGCUCAACAUUGGCGUUCGGCUACGAAAUCUUGGUCUCCCGACUUUGCUGAUAGAUCGCAACGAGAAUGUCGGAGACAGUUGGCGCAAGCGAUACAGAACUCUCAUGACCCAUGAUCCGAUCCAGUACUGCCAUCUCCCCUUCAUCCCAUUUCCCGGAAAUUGGCCCCAGUUCAUGCCCAAAGACAAAUUGGCAGAUUGGCUGGAAUCCUACGCAAAGAUGAUGGAACUCAACAUCUGGACCAGCACCAACAUCGAAGGGACAAGCUACAACGAGCAAGAAAAGACCUGGACCGUCAAACUUCGUCGGGCAGACGGCAACCUCCGCACCCUCAAGCCUCGACACAUCGUUCUGGCAACUGGCCAGGCUGGCGAUCCCAUCACUCCCACAUUCCAGGGACAGGACGACUUCAAAGGCGUUGUAUACCACGGAAGCCAGCACCAAGAUGCCUCCCUCGUCGACAACCUCUCUAAUAAGAAAGUCCUCGUCGUAGGCUCCGGCAACUCGAGUCACGACAUCUGCCAGAACUUUUACGAAAACGGCGCAGCACAGGUGACGAUGAUUCAGAGGGGCGGCACCUAUGUCAUUACAGCGAACAAGGGAAUCUUCGUCAUGCACAAAGGCAUGUACGAAGAAGGCGGCCCACCAACCGAAGACUGCGAUAUCGUUGCGCAGAGCAUUCCGAUUCCCGUGCAAUUCGCGCUGAAUACGCACGGUAUCAAGGCCAUCACCGCAGUCGACCAGGAGCUGUUGGACGGUCUGAGUAAGGCGGGCUUCAAGCUCGACUUUGGGCCAGAUGGAAGCGGGAUCUACCGCAAGUACAUCACUCGCGGCGGAGGAUACUACAUUGAUGUUGGGUGCAGUCAGCUGAUUGUCGACGGCAAGGUGAAAGUUCACCAUAGCCCUAAGGGAAUAACUGGCUUCACACCCACAGGUCUGGCGCUGGCGGACGGCACGACUUUGGAUGCCGACAUUGUUGUGCUGGCGACGGGAUACGAUGGUAUGAGGUCGAGCACACGUAACAUUCUGGGAGACAAGGUGGCAGACCGGGUUAAGGAGUGCUGGGAUCUUGAUGAGCAGGGUGAAAUCAAUUCUAUCUGGAGAAGCAGUGGUCAUCCUCGGUUUUACUAUAUGGGUGGGAAUCUCGCUCUGUGUCGCUCUUAUUCGCGUCUCUUGGCACUCCAAAUCAAGGCUGCGGAAGAGGGUCUUUUUGUUUAG